UGGGCUCUCUUUCGUCUCCUAAAGUCUUGAUUGUCGGAGGAGGCCCAUCUGGCUUGAUUCUUGCUCUCUCGCUGCUGCAGAAUGGAGUUCCCGUCCGUAUUAUUGAGAAAACUGCUGAACCACGACUCGGACAACGAGGAGCGGGCAUUAUGGCGCGAUCACUGGAAUUGUUUUCACACUUGCGUAUUAUUGAGCCGGUCAUGAAACGCGCCAUCUUGACCCCAACUGUACGAAUGUACAAAAUGCCCGAGGGACGCGAGGUGCUUCAAGAAUUCGAGAUGUCACCUCAUCGGAAUCCGACACCUACCCAUCCCUUCGUGAACCCUGUUAUGCUUGGCCAAGACAGCCUGGAAAAGAUAUUCCAUGCCGCCUUGGCGGAAUACGGGUGCUCCGUAGAAUUGGGCACCGAGAUGACAUCUUUCGAACAGCAAGAAGGUUGCGUCAAGGUCAAUCUCAUUCGCAGGGGAUUUUCACAAGAUAUGUCGAGUGGGGUUCAUGAACAGGCUGUCUAUGAAUGGAUGAUCGGAGCCGAUGGUGCUCGUGGUGUGGUCAGGAAACAACUGGGUUUGUCAUUCCUCGGCGAGACGCGGUCGGUUGAGAACUUUAUCGUCGGAGAUAUCUUCGUGGAAGGCUUGUCGCAAAAGGAUUGGCAUAUUUGGGGCGAUUCAACGGAUGUUAUGAUAAGCCUAAGAGCAACAGAAACCCCAUCCUUGUUUAAUUUUUUGGUUGGUGGCAAGAACGUCAACCACCCAGCAUUCACCGCAAGUGAGGCUGCGCUGAAAGGCUGUUUUGUGAAGCACACUGGAUCACGGCCCGAUAUGAAGUUUGGCGAAAUCCCGUGGAUGUCGCAUUAUACGCCUAAUAUUCGGAUGGUUCAAACUUUUGGUUAUGGCAGGGUUUACGUUGCCGGAGGUGCUGGCCAUGUUCACAGUCCUACCGGAGGCCAGGGGAUGAACACCGGUGUCCAAGAUUCUUUCAACCUUGGGUGGAAAUUAGCGUUAGUCGCCAAGGGCCUAGCGCACCCUUCUCUCUUGCAAAGUUAUACGGAGGAGAGGAUUCCUGUCAUCCAGGAGAUGAUACAACAGACGACCAAAUUGCUCAAAAGGACUUUGGAUAACGACGAGACUGCCUGGAAAACUAGUGGCAGUCUCUUUCAACUUGGCGUCAACUAUCGAUGGAGCUCAAUACUCGUCGACGAACGCAAGGCAAUAGAGGCCGAGCGCGAAGCUGAAGAAGAUGCUUACAUGCAGGACUUCGAAUUCGACGACGACUAUGAAGACGAAGUCAAGAUCGACUCGUACGGAAUCGACAGCGAUGGUCGGCUGCGGGCAGGCGACAGGGCUCCGGACUCUUCUGGCCUCAUCUUCCGCAGUCCUUCACCCCUCGCAAAACAAGCCUGCCAACUAUUCCAACUGUUCAGCAACGCCCAUCAUACGCUUCUUGUCUUUUCUGAUAUCGUCAGUUGUAGCAAUGUCCUCCAAGCUGCUGCGCUCUAUCCCAAAGGUCUAUUACGCACCGUCGUCGUCGCCCGCUCCAAGAAGUCAAUACCAACGAUUUCCGACCCCGUCGAUUUUAUUCUCGAAGAUCGAGAUGGGCACACGUAUAACUCGUAUUGUCCGACGGGUGUCUGUGGAGCUUGUGUCGUGAGGCCGGACGGUGUCGUCGGUGCUAUAGUGAAGGGAUCAGUUGGUUUGCAUCGAUAUUUCCGUGGAAUUUUUACAGCACCAAGUCAAUCGCAUUGAC